AUGAAUAAGUCAUAUACAGAAGCAAAGGGCAUAUUGGAUUAUAUAUCGCGACAUUCUGAUGAAUGGAUUGAUAAUGGGCUUGAGGUAAGAUGUCUAGAACCAGAAAGAGUAGAGAGGGCCAAUGUGCCAACAGACACAAUGAGCGCAUUGAUCGAGCAAAUGACCACGAUGACAUCGCUCCUCCAGACGGUGGCUAAUCAGUGGAAAACUCUCUCCCAGGGAGUAGCGCAAGUUAAUGCGGUGACUCAUAUGACUGUUAUAGAUUACACUCAAUGGGGAGAAGUACAUCCAGCAGACGUUUGCCCAUGGGAUCAACAACCCGUAUAUGCUAUUUAUGAUAAAUCAUGGGGCAACAACCAUAACCAUGAUUGGGGGAAUCACCCUUUGGGUACACAGCCAUGCGACCAACUGUUUGCAUAUAAUAUCUCUUGCAGUACCUUGUCUCUGGAAACAUCACUGAAGCAUUACAUUGAACAGAGCGAGGCAAUGAGACAGUCGCAAGCUGGAUCUCUCAAAGAAUUAGAAGACCAAAUAGAUCAGCUUACAAGAGAAUUAAAGAAGAAAACGCCUGGUACAUCACAAGGAAGUUCAGGAAUAUUGGGGUCAAAAGGUAAAGAACAAUGUCAUGUCGUGACAUUACGGAGCGGCAGAACAACAGCCCCAAUUGCGCCAAAGGUACCAGAUGCGGUAUCAGUACCUGCUAAGUUAACUAUUGAUGAUGACCAAAAGGGAGAAUUGACCAUCCGGGUUGAUGAUCAAGAGGUAAAGUUCAACGUACUCAAUGCGUUGAAAUAUCCAAGAGCUAUAGAAAACUACCAAUACAUCGAGGAACUCCAGGGAGAACAACUAAACGAAACCCUUAAAGAAAUAGAGGAGGAAGAUUUUGAAGACGGCACAUUAGUGGAGGAAGAUUGCGCCAUAAUUCAUGCUAAAUCUAAUUUCAAACCAUUCAAGUUAUCUGAACGGACUUCGCAGUGUAUUAAGCCAUCAUUAGAAGAGCCUUCUGUGUUAAAGUUAAAGCCGUUGCCAAUACAUUUAAAGUAUGCUUACUUAGGAAGUAACGACACGUUACCUGUUAUCAUCUCUGCAUCACUAAGUAAGGAGAAAGAAAAUGCUCUCAUACGGAUCCUGAGAAACAACGCAAAAGCCUUAGGAUGGUCCUUGGCAGAUAUUAGAGGAAUCAACCCCUCGUAUCGCAUUCAUAAGAUUCGUCUGAAGGAAGGAAAGAAUGGAUCAGUAGAAAGGCAGUGUCGCUUAAACCCUGCCAUGAAGGAGGUUGUAAAGAAAGAAAUAGUGAAGUGGCUGGACGCCAGUGUCAUCUACCCAAUAUCCGAUAGCAGCUGGGUAAGCCCAGUGCAUUGUGUUCCAGAGAAGGGGGUGACAGUCAUCACCAAUGACAAGAAUGAAUUAGUUCCCACAAGGACAACUACAGGGUGGAGAAUAUGCAUGGACUAUCGCAAGCUAAAUUUGGCCACUAAAAAGGACCACUUUCCACUCCCAUUCAUUGACCAAAUGUUGGACAGACUUGCGGGGAACAAAUUUUUCUGCUUUCUUGAUGGCUAUUCAGGGUAUAACCAAAUAGUAAUUGCACCGAAGGAUCAGGACAAGACAACCUUCACAUGCCCAUUUGGUACGUUCACAUUCCAACGCAUGCCAUUUGGACUCUGUAAUGUACCAGGCACUUUUCAACGAUGCAUGAUGGCAAUAUUUUCGGAUUACUUUGAGGAGUCAGUCAAAGUUUUCAUGGAUGAUUUCUCAGUUUUCGGAAGUAACUAUAACUCCUGUUUGACCAACCUUAAAAAAGUCUUGAAAAGAUGCGUAGAAACAAAUCUUGUACUGAAUUGGGAAAAAUGCCACUUCAUGGUGGAGGAAGGAAUAGUUCUGGGUCAUAAAAUCUCCAAGGCAGGAUUGGAAGUUGAUCAAGCAAAAAUCGACGCAAUUUUCAAAUUACCCCUACCAGUGAAUGUAAAGACACUAAGGAGCUUUCUGGGUCACGCGGGAUUUUAUAGAAGAUUUAUUCGCAACUUCUCUCAGAUCGUAAAACCCCUUAGUGCACUUCUCGAAGUUGAUCGCGAGUAUAAGUUUGAUGUUGCCUGCACUAAAGCAUUUAACACAUUAAAAGAUGCACUUAUCUCUGCUCCAAUUUUGGUUGCCCCAGAUUGGACGCAACCCUUUGCAUUGACGUAUGAUACCAGCGGAUAUACUGUGGGCACAGUUUUGAGUCAGCGUCGGGAGAAGGUUUUGCAUCCCAUUUAUUAUGCGAGUAAAACAUUGAACGACGAGCAAGAGAACUAGACCAUAGAGAAAGAAAUGCUCGUAGUGGUAUUUGCACUGGAGAAGUUUCGACAGUACCUGAUCGGGACAAAUGUGAUGGUGUAUACAGAUCACUCUGCAAUUAAGUAUCUAAUGACGAAGAAGGAUGCAACAAGAUUGAUACGGUGGGUGCUGCUCCUACAAGAGUUUGACCUGAAAAUUAAAGAUAGGAAGAGCACCAAGAACCAAGUCGCAGAUCAUUUGUCAAGACUAGAAAAUGGCAAGGUUCAAGGGAUAGAAAAAGAUAUUGAGGAAAGAUUCCCCGAUGAGCUGCUGAUGGCAGUAGGCGUUAAUGUCCCUGGUAUGCGGACAUGUAAACUUUAUAGUUUGCGGUCAAUUACCGGAUGA